AUGUUGAAUGAAGAUUCUGUUCAGACUCAUAAUAAUAACAGCCAAGAAUCUUCACCAGAUCCAGUAUUAAUGCAACAACACAGCCAAAAUAGAGAUUUCGAAGACCAAGAAAAUGAUUCAUACAAUUAUCCCAACUCUCCCAAACCAACAAGCGUGAUUGUGUCGAAUGUGGUCGAUAGCAGCAGCUGCAAUAAAAACUCAUACCAUUCCAUAACAAGCACCAAUAGAAGACGUCAAACCAAACGAUCCUUUAAAUCGGCCAUGAGUUUACAAUCGCCACCUCAGAACAGGCUUGCGUUUAUUAAUGCGGUGAAGAUGGCAUGGUCACUUCAGAUCAAGAGAGGGAAAAGUGUCCAUUCUAAUAAUCAUUGCAGUAAUAAAAAAGUGCCACAAAAGAAGACGGUGACGCAUGCGACAAUAAGUAGUGCUACAAGUGAUAUAAGUAUUGUAAAGAACAAGUUGGAUUUCCCUCCAAUUACUGCCGAGGCACUUUCAGAAUUGUCUGUUUCUCAAUUGUUCAAAAGCCUUCAGAUUCGGCAUGAUCUAUUAAUCGAUCCCAACUUGACAUUUCGACCCAAUCUCACCACGGAAAAAUGUCAAGAAUCUGAAAUCUAUUGGAGUCAUUUGGAUGGCCUGAUUAAAUUUUGCUCUACAAAUACAUCAGAGGAAAGCGAUGAUCAUUAUCAAUUGAUAUUUCUUGUACGCAAUCUAUUAACAGAGCUCUCAUUGAUCUUGAUUUCUUUAAUAUCUCCCUUUCCCAGUCAUCCCACCACUUCCUUUAUUUGGAAUUGGCCACAACAAAUCACAGAGAGCUAUAUUUUAUCAGUACUAGAUCCUGAUCUCAUUCACCAACAACUCAUUCAAGGCUGCUUAAAUGUCGAUUUCAAAUUUAGUUUGCUGUAUUCUAUACUCGAUCCACUUUGUCCAGAUCAAGCGAAAAAGGUCCAAAAACUAGUUGAAGAGAAUGAAUACGCACGGGCCUUGGAAGUUUGCUUUUUAACAUUAGAGACAAUUAAAUUGGAUUGUGCUAAUAAGGCACUGCAUUAUUAUCGUCCCUAUUUGAUUGAAAAUGGUACAAGUUUAGAAUGGAAGAUCUUUUUGAGCCAAUUAGAUAAUGGCGAAGUGAAUACCGUGUCUGUCUCACAAUGGAUGCGAUGUACUUUCAAGAGAUUGGGACAAGAAGCCAAGUUUAUAACCGUAUUUCGUACAGGCAUUAUAAACUUGGUGACGGAUGAUAACGACACAAUCUCUGCUUUGAACAUAGCAGCCUCUGCUUUCCCCAUUACAUUUUGUUAUGAUGAGAAGCGGUUAAAGCACCAACUGCGACAUGAAUUUCAAAAUAUUAUUGUGAUUGGGUUAUUAUUGAUGCCCUAUCGGUUAAUGGCAGGAAAAAAUGCAAAGCAAUCUGAUUUGAAUCAACUCAAGACAACAUAUUCGAAAUUAUUAAAGGAUGCGUCUAUUGCCAGUGGACGAGUGUCUUGUUUCCAUUUAGCACUUCAUGCGUGCAAUAUGGCGAAGCAGGCGGUUUUGUCCAAGGAGGAUGUGAUUGAACAAGCUAAGCACUGGUCCAACUGGAUGAAUCAAAACCUCAGAAAUACUUCACCAGUGUAUAAAAUAAUGUAUGAUCGGGUGCGAAGUAUUAUUCUGACGUCGAUGGCCCACGGAGAAGAGCAUCAUUUGUCUUUAAGCCGUGCUCAUGCUACAGUUGGACUUGAAAAGGAGGUGGCCAAACUGAGUAGAAAAUUAUCAGCCAUUGCAGAUUACAAUUUACGUACAUUUGGUUCAUUGUACACUUAUUUGUUACCAAGUGUUCGUCAUUCCUUGUAAAAAAAAAUAAAAUAAAAAAAUAAAAAGCCGAGGUUUUUUUUUUAUAUCAAAUAAAUAAUUUCUUUCCGAGCAAU